AAUUGCCUGUCAGAAUGAUCGGAUAUUCAACGGAGGCAUCAAUGCCCUACGGCUCAAUAAUUGGCCUCACGCCUCUGACAAAGAUGUUGAAUGGAAAAUACAUGUGCUGAUUUCUGAGAUUUUCAUUCAGCACAUGUUCGAUGGAGGUCAUGUUUGAUGCCAGUUUCCAGGGAUAGAUGGCCAUGUCUUUGGUUUUGCUAUCGCAUACCGCAUGUCCCACUACUCUCCUAUGGUGCUACUUUGUAUUUGAAACUUUGUUCUACUGUAUUAUAGAAUCUCAUCCUACGCGGCAUAAUGGCCGAUUAUCACAAGAUACGAGAUAUAUACGACAUCUCUAUUACUCAAUGACGCUAGUAAUAAUAGACAGCCUAAGCAAGACUGUUGGAACACCAGAAGUACGCCGCCAACACCAAAAAAUAACUAUCCGUAUCCACACUCCAUCUGACCCCAAGCCAUUCGUGUAUAUACAUGGAGCUUUCCAAGGCAGCACCUGGAACUUUUUUGAUUCUCAGUUGACACGCCGUGAGGGUGUAAGGCGGGCCUGAUCUUUAUGCUUUAUAAAGCGUGUCCAGGAAGCCCUCUGCCAAACGGGUGACAAUACUCUUAUCGGGUAUGCUACCUGCCACACCGUACAGAGCGGAGGUGUCUCCACGUUUGCGCGCGUAGGAGUUGCCCUGUC